AUGACGAACACGAACACGAAGCCCCGCGCCCUUCUCUUCGGCCUCGGUGGCAUCGGCGGCAUCUACGCGGCCACGCUCGCCCGUUCUGGUGUCUGUGAAGUCUCGGUCGUUGCGAGGAGCAACUACGAGGCCGUGAAAGAAAAAGGUCUACUCCUGAAGAGCGAGAAACACGGAGAGAGUCAUCAUACUUUCGCGGGAGUCUACAAGUCCCCAGCCGACGCCGCCACCUCCGGACCGUUCGACUACGUUCUGUGUGCCAACAAGGCUCUCCUCUCCGCCAUCCCGUCACUUGAAGAGACGAUCGCCCCCGCUAUCAGCCAAGACACGGCGAUUGUCCUCCUCCAAAACGGGGUCGGCAACGAGGUUCCGCUCCACAAAGCCUUUCCCGCGAAUACCAUCAUUUCCGCUGUGGUGUGGACGGGCGGAAAAGUUGAACCCUCUCUGAAUCCCACCGUAUCUCAAUUCUCGAGAGAGAGUUUGACAAUGGGUGUGGAUUACACUCCGGGAAUUGACAAGGCGGUAGAAGACGAAAAGGUUAAGCGGUUGAGCGAGAUUCUCGCAAAGGCCAAUUCGGAUUCGGUCAUCGUCAAUGAUAUCCAGAGUGCGCGGUGGGUUAAAGUCAUUUGGAAUUGCGCAUGGAAUGCUCUCACGACGGUGACUCGUCUCCGGACAAACCAGAUCUUUGCGUCUUCGCCCGGGGCUGAGGACUUCUCCAAAACCCUGAUGAACGAAGUGGUGGCAGUCGCGCGCGCAAAGGGCCUCGACGUACCGCUUGACACGGCCGACGACCUUAUGCGCCAGAUCAAGGAGGCGCAAGGUCCCGGACUGCCCAGCUCGAUGAUGAUGGAUAAUGAGGCGGGCAGACCGACCGAGGUCGAAGUUAUCCUCGGGACACCGAUGCGAGAGGGACAGAGGCUCGGAGUGCCAGUGCCGAUUCUUACGACUUUAUACACUAUUGUGCGGGCGUUGGAUUGGCGCAAUGCUCAUCCUGACGAGACCAAGUUUCCGUAG